GAACUCGCUGUCCGUGGACCCUGACGCCGAGUGCAAGUAUGGCCUGUACUUCAGAGACGGCAAGCGCAAAGUGGACUACAUCCUGGUGUACCAUCACAAGAGGCCCUCGGGCAGCAGGACUCUGGCCAGGAGGGUCCAGCACGCAGACGCCGCCCCAGCUGCCCGCAGCGUCAAGCAGGACCAGCCCCUGCCUGGGAAGGGGGGCCCAGUGGGAGCGGGCGAGCCCGAGCCCCCGAUGGACUACCACGAGGACGACAAGAGGUUCCGCCGGGAGGAAUACGAGGGGAACCUUCUGGAAGCCGGCCUGGAGCUGGAGCACGACGAGGACACUAAAAUUCACGGGGUUGGGUUUGUGAAAAUCCACGCGCCCUGGAACGUGCUGUGCAGAGAGGCGGAGUUUUUAAAGCUGAAGAUGCCGACAAAGAAGCUGUAUCACAUUAACGAGACCCGAGGCCUCCUGAAAAAGAUCAACUCCGUGCUCCAGAAAAUCACGGACCCCAUCCAGCCCAAGGUGGCCGAGCACAGACCCCAGACCACGAAGAGGCUCUCCUAUCCCUUCUCCCGGGAGAAGCAGCACCUAUUUGACCUGUCUGACAAGGAUUCCUUUUUCGACAGCAAAACCCGGAGCACAAUAGUCUACGAAAUUCUGAAAAGAACAACGUGUACCAAGGCGAAGUACAGCAUGGGGCAAGGAGAGGGAAGAAAGAAGGAUCCCGUCCUUUUAAGUAAAAGGCGAAAAUGUGGUAAAUACGGCAUCACAAGCCUGCUGGCCAAUGGCGUCUACUCGGCCGCCUACCCCCUGCACGAUGGAGACUACGAAGGUGAGAACGUGGAGUUCAAUGACAGAAAGCUCCUGUAUGAAGAGUGGGCGAGUUACGGGGUCUUCUAUAAGUACCAGCCCAUCGACCUGGUCAGGAAGUAUUUUGGGGAGAAGAUUGGCCUGUACUUCGCCUGGCUGGGCGUGUACACGCAGAUGCUCAUCCCCGCCUCCGUGGUCGGGAUCAUCGUCUUCCUUUACGGCUGCGCCACGGUCGAUGAGAACAUCCCCAGCAUGGAGAUGUGUGACCGGAGACACAACAUCACCAUGUGCCCGCUGUGCGACAGGACCUGCAGCUACUGGAAGAUGAGCUCAGCCUGCGCCACGGCCCGGGCCAGCCACCUCUUCGACAACCCGGCCACCGUCUUCUUCUCCGUCUUCAUGGCCCUCUGGGCCGCCACCUUCAUGGAACAUUGGAAGCGGAAACAGAUGCGGCUCAAUUACCGCUGGGACCUCACAGGCUUCGAGGAGGAGGAGGAGGCUGUCAAGGACCAUCCCAGAGCCGAAUACGAAGCCAGAGUUUUGGAGAAGUCGCUUAGGAAAGAAUCCAAAAACAAAGAGAAGCGCCGGCAUAUUCCGGAGGAGUCAACAAACAAAUGGAAGCAGAGGGUUAAGACAGCCAUGGCGGGGGUGAAAUUGACGGACAAGGUGAAGCUGACCUGGAGGGACCGGUUCCCAGCCUACUUCACCAACUUGGUUUCCAUUGUCUUCAUGAUCGCAGUGACCUUCGCCAUCGUCCUUGGAGUCAUCAUCUACAGAAUCUCCACAGCCGCCGCCUUAGCCAUGAACUCCUCCCCGUCGGUGAGGUCCAACAUCCGGGUCACAGUCACGGCCACCGCGGUCAUCAUCAACCUGGUGGUCAUCAUCCUCCUGGAUGAGGUCUACGGCUGCAUAGCCAGGUGGCUCACUAAGAUUGAGGUUCCGAAGACAGAGAAGAGCUUCGAGGAGAGGCUGAUCUUCAAGGCUUUCCUGCUGAAGUUCGUGAAUUCCUACACCCCCAUCUUUUACGUGGCUUUCUUCAAAGGCCGGUUUGUGGGCCGCCCGGGCGACUACGUGUACAUUUUCCGUUCUUUCCGGAUGGAGGAGUGCGCCCCGGGGGGCUGCCUCAUGGAGCUGUGCAUCCAGCUCAGCAUCAUCAUGCUGGGCAAGCAGCUCAUCCAGAACAACCUGUUUGAGAUCGGCAUCCCGAAAAUGAAGAAGUUCAUCCGCUACCUACGGCUCAAGCACCAGAGCCCCGCGGACCACGACGAGUACGUGAAGAGGAAGCAGCGAUACGAGGUGGACUACACCCUGGAGCCCUUCGCGGGCCUCACCCCCGAGUACAUGGAGAUGAUCAUCCAGUUUGGCUUUGUCACCCUGUUUGUCGCCUCCUUUCCCCUGGCCCCGCUGUUCGCGCUGCUGAAUAACAUCAUCGAGAUUCGCCUGGACGCCAAAAAGUUCGUCACCGAGCUCCGCAGGCCAGUGGCCGUCAGAGCCAAAGACAUCGGAAUCUGGUACAACAUCCUCAGAGGCGUCGGGAAGCUGGCCGUCAUUAUCAACGCCUUCGUGAUCUCCUUCACGUCUGACUUCAUCCCUCGCCUGGUGUACCUCUACAUGUACAGCGAGAACGGGACCAUGCACGGCUUCGUCAACCACACCCUCUCCUCCUUCAACGUCAGCGACUUCCAGAACGGCACGGCCCCCAACGACCCCCUGGAGCUGGGCUACGAGGUGCAGAUCUGCAGGUACAAGGAUUACCGCGAGCCCCCAUGGUCGGAACACAAGUACGACAUCUCCAAGGACUUCUGGGCCGUCCUGGCGGCACGGCUGGCGUUCGUCAUCGUCUUCCAGAACCUGGUCAUGUUCAUGAGCGAUUUCGUGGACUGGGUCAUCCCGGAUAUCCCCAAAGACAUCAGCCAGCAGAUCCACAAGGAGAAGGUGCUCAUGGUGGAGCUGUUCAUGCGGGAGGAGCAGGGCAAACAGCAGCUGCUGGACACGUGGAUGGAGAAGGACCGGAAGAAAGAUGAGCCGUGCAACAACCACAACCCCAAAGCCUGCCCGGACAGCCCCGAGUACCCUGGGGGCGCCCUGUAGCUGCCCCCGGUGUCCCCAGUGAUGGGCACCCUCCCCCGGCAGGCGGCUUCCCGCCUCCAGCAGGCCCAGUGGCUCCUGUGUUUGCUGCAAACGUGGAAGGCCACAUUCUGAUAGGACAACAUUUUUCUGUCUUUCCUUCUGUGUUUUAUUUUUCCUUGUUUUUGCACAAAACCGUUACGCAGGGAAUUUUUUUAUCUUUAGCAUUC